UCAUAGUUUAUACAAGUGAUCCCAAUAACAAACGCGCAACAAUGACAAAUAAAUAUAAAAUUUGCAUAAUUCUAAUUGUUUAUUGUACUUUUGUUUGUUCUUAUUCAAUGCAUAAUGACAAUUGUGAUUUGGACGACGCAUUAGUUAAAGAAAUUGCAAGUUAUAAAAAUAUUACAGACAAAAUUAUCAAGGAUAUAAAGAAUGAAUUAGGAUCAAGAAUGUAUAAUUUGUUUUCAGAAUUUAUAGACAAAUACGGAGCACGACCAUCCGGUAGUAAGAUUUUGGAAGAUUCAAUAGAUCACAUGGUUAACCUUACUAUUGGCUCCGGACUUAACGAUGUUACUACCGAAGAAGUAGAGGUACCUCACUGGGUGCGAGGUACUGAGACUUUAGAGAUGCUACAACCUCGCUACAAAAAAGUUGCAAUUAUCGGCCUAGGUCCAUCAAUUUCUACUCCAAGUGAAGGCAUUACGGCUGAAUUACUUGUUGUGAAAACUUUCAAAGAACUGGAUAGUUUAAAUAAAGAAGAUGUUCGAGGCAAAAUCAUUUUGUUUGAUGAGCACUAUACUUCAUAUGGGGAAACCGUUAUUUACAGGGUUCAAGCUGCAUCAAAAGCCGCCCAUAAGGGUGCGGUAGCUUCACUUAUUCGAAGCGUCACUCCAUAUUCCUUGUACACCACCCACACUGGCUCCCAACAUUAUGAUGACGAUGUCCCUAGAAUACCAACAGCAGCAAUAACCGUGGAGGAUUCGCAUUUACUCAGAAGAUUGUUCAUUCGUAAAAAUAAGAUUGUUUUGAAAUUAAAGAUGGAAAGUACGUAUGAUACGCAAAAAUCUCGAAAUACGAUCAUAGAUUUAAAAGGAGCUGUAGAUCCUGAUAAGUAUGUUAUAGUUUCUGGACAUAUAGAUAGUUGGGAUGUCGGUCAGGGUGCAAUGGACGAUGGUGGUGGUAUGAUGAUAAGUUGGUUUGCUCCGGUCAUACUUAACCAUUUUCAACUUCAUCCUAAAAGAACUGUACGUGCUAUUUUAUGGACUGCCGAGGAGCCGGGUUUAGUAGGUGCUGCCCAAUAUUUAAAACGUCAUAUUAAAGAGCUCGAUAAAAUAAUUUUUAUUAUGGAAUCCGAUGAAGGAACGUUUGAGCCAUUAGGUUUAGAAGUAGGCGGGUCAAAAGAUGCGGUGUGCAUAAUUGCUGAGAUAUUGAAAUUAUUUACACCAAUCGAUAACUUGAAGGUAUCUAAAAAUCCUGGUUCCGAUAUAAUACUUUUUAUAAAUGAAGGGAUACCUGGAGCGUCGUUGAUGAAUAAAAAUGAUAAAUAUUUUCGCUAUCAUCACUCAGAAGCCGAUACAAUGGAUGUGGAGAAUAUUGAUGAUGUUGUCAACUGUGCUGCAUUUUGGGCUGCUGUAUCUUAUGUUAUUGCUGAUAUAUCCGUUGAUAUACCUCGCCAAUGAUUAUUUAGUAAUACCCUACGAGUAAAAUCCUUGUAUUAUUCUUUUAAAGAAACUAAUUAAUAUGUAAGGCUAAAGACUAAGAAUAAAUAAGAAGACAUAAUUUAAUAUAGAACCUGAGAAGUAAUUGCUAAAAAGAAAAACACUUUUGUAUCAGAGUACUUUUAUACUAAAACCCUACAAACUAUUGGAAAAGCACUAAAUCACAAAUAGUUUAAAGUUAGGAAAAAUAAUGAUAGCGCUUUCUGAAACAGUGCAAAGUUUGGAUGCAAAAGCAUUCUUGGCGCGGAAUUGCACGUUCUAGGAAAAAUGUAUUUUCAAAACCUUUCAGGUUUCCAAUUGAUUCGGAAUAUGUUGCAGAGAGCAAAAACGAUGACUUUGAUAUCUUUGAUUCGUGUUUUCAAUACUAAGUUUAAUAUUUUUA